AUUAAUAAACACCAACACACAGGUUUCUCAAAGCACAGCCUAAUUUUUUUCACAUUCACUCAAACUCACUUACUCAAAAAAGAGUCAGAGAGGCCUUCCCUUUGGCUCUUCUUUUUAUUGUUUACCCUCAAAAACCCCAAAAUUAAACAUUUUGGUUGAAGCCAUUGGCCAAAAAACAAUACCAAAACCAUAAGAAAACAAGCCUCGCUCUCUGGCUGGUCCUGUGGUAAUCUCAGCAACGCAUCUCUCUGCCUCUUAUAUCAGAAAUCUUAUCCAAAGCUCGCAGCUUUCCUUUGUCUUCUUCUUCCUCUGCUCACUCCCUGCAAUAACCGUAUCUAUAUCUCAUCGUUCUCCGCUUCCUCCUCCUCCUCCUCCUCUCCCUUUAGUUUAUUAUUAUAUUUUCUUUAUUUCUAUUUCUAUUAUCUUUCUUUCUCCUUGUUGGGUCUUGGGGUUUUGUUAUCAGUUAUCUUCUUUCUUUCUCUCUUCCUAUCUGAAACCCUCGAGUAAUCGCUGUGCUUAACGCGUACCAGUAUCCGAUUCAAUCGAGGGUUUUUCUCUUUUUUCUUUUUUCAAUUUCUGGGUUUUUUUGGAUAUUGGGUUUCGGGUUGAGAAUGGCUUUGGUUUCGGCUUUUCUGGAGAUUUUUCAGAGACCCACAAUUGUUGAAGUCUUGGGCGAGCUUAUGAUGUUCAUAACCCCUCUUUGGAUUGCUGUGAUUGUUGGGGUUUUUGUUGGGUGGGCGUGGAAGCCUAAAUGGGCGAGCUUGGUUGGCAGAGACUUGUUGGAUUGCCCAAUCUCCAAACAAAAGGAGUGUUGCUCAUCGUCACGGACAUCAUCCACGUGUUUUGGUCCUAUUCCCAGCUUGAGUUCAUUGAGAUUUCUGCUGCCCAGUUACCCUCCUUGGGCCGCCGAUGAUAGGAAUCAAAAGGAGGCUCUUUCCAUGCCACCUACAACCAAUCCUGAUUUCAGUUCCUCACAGAAUGAAAGAGAAAAAUCCGGUCUUGUGACCAAUCAGGAUUUACGGCACAUAUGUCAGCUGGUUGAGGAGAAAGACGGAGGUCCUGCUUGGAUUCAUAUGAUGGAUCGGUCCACCCCAACCAUGCGCUAUCAAGCUUGGCGUAGAGAUCCCGAGACUGGACCUCCACAAUACCGCAGUAGUACUAUAUAUGAGGAUGCUACACCAGAGCAACUGAGGGAUUUCUUUUGGGAUGACGAGUUUCGAUCGAAGUGGGAUGACAUGCUUAUAUAUGCUUCUACUUUAGAAGAAUGCCCCACAACUGGAACCAUGUUAGUGCACUGGGUGCGCAAGUUCCCAUUCUUUUGUAGUGACAGAGAAUACUUGAUAGGACGUCGCAUUUGGGAAUCAGGACGGUCAUACUACUGUGUAACAAAGGGAGUACCUUGCUCUUCUGUGCCAAGGCGCGACAAACCUAGACGUGUUGAUUUGUACUAUUCAAGCUGGUGCAUUCGUGCAGUUGAAUCAAAGAGAGGGGAUGGCCAGCUUACUGCAUGCGAGGUUUUACUAUUUCAUCAUGAAGAUAUGGGUAUUCCUUGGGAAAUUGCAAAACUUGGAGUCCGGCAAGGUAUGUGGGGAGCUGUAAAAAAGGUUGAACCUGGCUUGCGAGCAUAUCAGAAGGAGAGAGCCUCUAAAGCCCCACUUUCACGGUGUGCUUACAUGGCUCAGAUCAACACCAAAGUCAGUGCUGACUACUUGAGAUCGGUGGAAAACAGCACUAGUGACACCAUGGCGAUUGAAAAAUCAGAUUCAUCGGAAAAGAAACCAGAAGGGAAGAGCAUACCUAAGCUUCUAGUUGUCGGUGGGGCUAUUGCCCUUGCAUGUAGCCUUGACCGGGGGCUCUUGACUAAGGCAGUUAUAUUUGGAGUGGCCCGAAGGUUCGCAAACAUUGGUCGGAAGUUGUGAUCAGGAAUAAUUGUCGCUUCAUUCCGGAGACGCCAGCUAAUGUUACUGUAAAGUGAAGUGAGGAGUUGCCAGCCAAAUGAUGAAUCUCUGCACUUGCCCCAUUUCGAGAGGAUUGGAGGUCGUAUUCUUUGCCCUUUUUUUUCUUUGAGCUAUGAAUAUAGCUUUAAUUGUAGAACCCCAGCCAAAAGAGAGAUGAAAACAAAGAAAUGUCUGGGAAAAGAGGAGAGAUCGUAUAGCUGUAUUCGUUAAAGUUGGAAAUGUCAUUAAGGGAUCUUGUGCUGCAAGAAUAACAGUAACAUUCAGGUUCUUUUAA